GUGAAAAUAUCAUCGAAUGGAGUGAUGAAAUGGAUGUCGCUUUCCUAAACGUACUGCUUGAGAUGAAGAGAAGAACACACACUACAACAUGGAAGACUAGCACUUGGAAAGAGAUCACACAGGAAAUGAUCAACCUUUUUCCCGAAAAGCAUCUGUGCUUGCAGAAGGUGAAGGAAAAGUAUCAAAGAAUGAAGACAAAUUUCACCCGAUUUGCUGAAAUAUUAAAGCAUACAGGCGUCGGAUGGGAUGCUGACACAAACACCAUCACCGCCGACUCAGAUUUUUGGGAUAUGAUUAUAAAGAAGAAUAGGGCGUACAAGACUUUCCGGAGUAAGGGAUGCAAGCACUACGAUAUGCAGAAGCAACUGUUUAGUUCUUCCGUGGCCACCGGUGUUCUUCGCAUAUCCUCGACCGAUCCACCACCAACUUUAGAGGAAGAACGGCAGCUGAAUGCGGAAUUCUUAUCUAGGGGGAAGGGAAAGCAGAAACACCAUGUCGAUCUCGAAGAAGGAUCCGACGAGAGUGACGAUCCCGUCAAUGUUGCAGAUCCCAUUUUAACCGAGUCUCGACGUCGAGUGCCGAAAAGAUCGCAAAGCAAGAGCUCACAAAUGCAGGAGUGCAUGGACAUAUUCAGGGGGAGUUUCACGAAAAACCAACAGCACACCCCACAGUCAGCAAAGAAAAGCAAGUCUGUAUCGAGCCCCGAAAAACCUGAGAAGAAUAGCAUCGAGGAAGCCUUCAAUGAGUUGGCUAAAUUGGAAUCGAGAAUCCCUCAGUCCUUGUUUGUGAAAGCGGGCAAAGCACUCCUUGAUCCGGCCUCCCGAAGGCUUUUCAUGUGGUUCAAGGAAGAGUCACGAAUGGAAUGGAUAUUGCAGCUGGAGCAACCUUGAAGCAAGGGUCAUCAGAGUUUCCUUUUUUUUUCCCGCGCAUCGAACACAACGUUUUUAAAAUUCCUUUGACUGAACUCGUACUGCUGAUGUUUGUUAUGUGUGUUUGAUAAUGCUGAUGCGUUUUUUUUUUCAUGUGUGUGUUGAAUGUUAUUGUGUUAUGAUUAUAAUUGAGUUGUCUCACUGUUAAC